AUGGAAGAUACAGUUAAGUAUAACUACCUGAAGUCACUUGGUAGACGUAACCAAUACUUUAAUAAUGUGAGUGAUAUAAUCGCAAAAACAAUAAAAAAUGAGUUGAGAAUUUAUGAAAAAGACAACGUUCCUUUGUCAGAUAAUGCGUCAGAAACUGAUUCGGAGGAUAAUUCAGAUGAAAGUUCUGAUGCCUCUGAGGAGUUAGGUAAAACUAGUAAAAAUCCAUAUUCUUACAUUCUAGACCAAUUCAAAGAUAUCAUAUCAUCAGAAAAAUGUUCUAACAUAGAAGAUUCAUCCAAUGAAAAUAAAACUACAGUCCAUAUUAAAUAUUCAGAACCUGAUCAUGCUCAUACUGAUGAGCCUUUGGGCCUAGAUCAAAAUUUUAAAUUAGGAUCUAAAUCUGAAAAAGUCCCAGAAGAUGCAUACAAUGAACUAGAUUUGAAUUUUCUAGUGAAAUCAGGGGCAAAUGAAGAUUCAACGAUUAAUUCCUAUCUCCCUCACAUAGUUCUCCGUAAACUUAAUUCAAAUAAGGACCCAUUGCAGCUAAAUAAAGUUUUUUCAAAUCUAGAAAGGAACUUAAGUGAUGUCAGAAUGAAAUACAGGAAAACUCUGAGUAAUUUGUCGUUAAAAUCGUCAGCAGUUAGAAGAAACUACAGGCUAUCUUGUUUUAAUACAGUAGAUCCCAAAAAUAUAAACAAAGUUGAAGAAAAACAUGAGCAUAAUCAUGAUACAAUUAUUAAUAAACCUGGGGUGGAUAGAAUAAACUUCGAUCUAAAUAAAUGGCUCGAUGAAUUGCCCGAUGAUCUUAAAAAUUUCAUAGAAGUUGAAUCUAUAACAACAUCUUUAAAUUCAAUAAAAGAUUUUAAAGAAAAUAAACCGCCCAAAGAUAAUAAAAUUUAUAAAAUGGACUUAAACAGUACAGAUGAUAAAGGUAUACGUGAAAAUGCUUCGCAAAAGGAACAGAAAUCUGUUAACGAAAUUAAAAAGGAAGAUAAGAAACCUGUUCCAGAGAAAGGGUACAUCGAGGUCAUACAUGAGGAUUAUAUCGAACCAUUAAAACAUGUAUUAAGUGAAGAUUUUAAAAGUGGAUUUGAUGGAAUAAAGCAGGGAAUAUCAGAUCUAUAUAAUAACUCCCCGAGUAUAUUUCAGAAUUUAUUCGGUAGUUCUGACCCUGAUAACGACCGAGAAAUAUCUAAGCAACUAUCUAAGCAACUUAAUUCAUAUUAUGAUGACACAGAUAGAAAUACUGGAGAGAAUGGUCCUGAAACCCAUGAUGACUUCAACGACGAAUUUGAUAAGGACUACAAAUACUUUGAUAUGAAUGACAAGUACCAGUCAUUUGAUAUAUCUGAUGAAAAACCAAAGAGUUCAACACCCGUAGUGAAUAAAGAUUAUAAUCAAAAUUACGUAGUCUACCGGGAAAAUUAUAGAGCCAAGACCCCAGAGAAGGUUAUCAAAAGCGUAGCUGACUAUAACAUUGGAUUUCUAUCUAACUUGUGGACAAUUAAUGAAAACUGCAAAUUGGUUAGAAAUGAAAAUAUUAGAUCCGGAACAAAAACUAUCAAUCCAUGGUUUGGAAGCCCUGCGAAAGAGGCGCUUUACCGCCAGCUCACGUUAGAAAACUCAAAUGAGGAUAAGGAGUGCACAACUAUUUUGGAUAUGGAACGAGGCAUUAAAUAUAAAGUAGUAACGGAUAAGAAUGGCCAGCCGGAGUAUUUAAUAGACAACAUAGAACCAGGCGAUGAAGAAACAGCCAAAACCUUCAAGAACACAGUAUCAACCGUGCAAAAAAAUAAAUAUCGAAAUAAGAACAAUAGUUCAGAUCCAAAAAUAGAGGAAGGGUUUUUUGAUCCUAUGCUAAAGCAUCAAGAAAAAAUCGAGCAGACAAAACUCAUCAAUGAAACAGAUUUGGCCAUAUUCGGCAGGCGCAAAGUAACAAGAACAAAUAGAUAA